CAAUAAAAAAAUGAGAAAAAAUAACUUUCGGCUAAAACUAUGGAUUCAAUGAACCAUGACCGAAAUAAUUUUCUCCUAAUGAUCUUUUGGUAUAACUAGAGGAUUAUUGAUUAUUCUAACAAUAUACAUGUUUUCUAUUUAAAUUAUAUAUGGUAUUAAAUUGAUAAUUGUUCUUUUGUAGCAAAAUCAUAAUCGGGGUGGCUUUAGAGAUGUUGGAAAUUUAUUUGUACGAGUAUUUAAUGGGAUAACUAAAAAUUUGGAAGAUAUAUUAAUGAGGAAAAUAUGAAUAUAUCAAGAUAGAAAAUCUCUCUAAUAAUGAGCGAAAUGAUAUUUUUAUAUUUUAUAAAAUGUAAAUUUCCGAACCUAAAAUUUACGAUACAAAAAUCAGGAAAAAUAAAUUUUGGCUGAAACUAUGGAUUCAAUGAAUCUACGACUGAAUAAUUUUCUCCAAAUGAUCUCUUGGUAUAAUAAGAGGAUUAUUUAUUAUUCUAACCAUAGACAUGUUUUCUAUUUAAAAUUAUAUAUGGUAUUAAAUUCAUAAUUGUUCUUUUGUAGAAAAAUCAUAAUAUUUUGACACUUUUUGGGUAAUAUUUUAAUAUAUAUUUUUAUUUUAUUUCCUUUUUGUUACUAUGACUAUAAUUUUGUGCAACUUGACUACUUCAUAAAAUUCUUUUUCUUUUCCUUUCUAUGUUGUUUUGUCUUCGACGAACUUAUUUCUUGGGUAUGACUAUACACCCGUUUCAUAAACAUCAGUAUGAGUAGGCGAUUAAUAUAAAAAAUUAUGUCAAUUUAUACUUGUAAUAUAAUGACCAAGAAAUGCAUCAAUUCGCACAAAGAUAAUUCAAGAUAAAUUAACUUGAAGGAUAGAAGAUUUAUGGGCUUAGAAUUUAGAAGUUAGUAAUGGGAUUCAAAAUUUAAGGUUAAUACUUAAUAGCCUAGGGUAAUGCAUGAAUUAGCUGUAAUCCUUUGUUAUAUUAUAAUAUCAACUAAGUUACCAACUAGAAUUUAAAAUCUGCUGUCUUAAAAGUAGUUUCAGAGUCGAGUGCAUUACUAGUGGAAAUUGUAUCCAAAUUUUUUUAUUAUCAAGACUUGUUGUUGUUGUCGUCGUCAUCGUCGUCAUCGUCGGAAGAUCAGUUGAAUUACCAAGAUAUAGAUGUAACGUUUAAGAUUCAUGACCGAACCAACCACAAAAAUCACAACCUAUUAAGAGCCAUAAAACAAAGGAGGGACCUUAUUAGCCACCAUAUAAUCUACCCUAUUAUUAUCCCCACCAAUAAACCAAACAUGCUGGUAACUCAAAAUUAUCCAGCCGAAUCUUAGACACUUAGCUUCUUCCAUAAUUGAACAUCUCUAACUAUGUCGAUCUGAUGUCGAAUUCACCUAAUCAAUAAUGACAAUUUAGCAUCCCCCACAAUUAGCAUCUCCCGAAAUCCAAGUUGAAUGCUCCUAUAGACCACAUCGAACAACAUCGAUAACUCUACCAAGAACAGAUCCACCAAGUCCUCCUACACAACUCCCUUGGCCAUCAACCAAACAACACCAACAAAGGAACCAACUGGAUCAGAAUUGUGCCACCACUCGAUCUGCGAAUAGUAUUGACAAAACCAAGUAAUCCAUCAAAACUGUUUAAGCUUAAACAUAGUUCAUCCGUGUUUUUCAGAUUCCCCUUAACAAACAUACCUAUUGUAUCACUUUCUGCAAUGCCGUUGCAUAAUCGCCCAAAAAACAUAAGAGUUUUGGCCCUGCAAUGUCCCAAAGGACCUUCUCCACCGGGAAAACAAGAGCAUAUCUUCUAGAGUGUCAAACUCCGCCCAGCUGACCAAACACCUUACCAACACAUCAAUCUCCCUCAAUGAUAAAUGCCUCUAUUGUAGGAAAAAUUCAAUGGGGGAGUCUGCUACAUGAAAAUCCCGUCUCAACGGAUAACACCAACAUGUUCAAGUUUUCAUGAUUUUCAAUAUUAACAAUUGAUCGACACAUAAAACUAAUAAUUUGGCUUUCAUUUUAAUAGAAGUAGAGAGUUUGAAAGAAUUUUGGAAGUAAGUUCUUAAAGGAGAAGUGAAGAUUUAUAUUUUAACCAAAAACAAUGAAAAAUACUCCUUUUUGUUGUGAAAUCUUAAAAUUUCAAGGAAAGCCAUAAACCCUUAAUGUUCUGAGCGGAUGAUGCCCCUAGGGUCAUUCCGAGGCAAGAGGAGAGUCUGAGUACAUAUGAUAUUUGGGGGAGAAUUCAAGUCAAGGUGGAAAUUUGUUGCUUUGAUUUGAAGACAUAUACCUGCAUUUGAUCGGAAGUCACAUGGGUCUUGCUGCCCGGUUAGCAAGUCAGGAUACAUGGGGGAAGCACCCAGUUUGAGCAUACGGGCUUAAACACAUUUCUUUUACGCUUUAGGGCCUGGUAUAUAACCUUUUCCCUUUUCACGUUGCAUUAGGAUUAGGUCGUGUAAAAAUGCGUCAUAUAUACAUUCUCAAUCUAUGCAAUCCCUGUGAACCACCUAAAUCUGUGUGUUAUUUACUUUCUUACAUUGUCAAUUUUUAGAACCAUUCCAAUAACAUAAAGUAGGGGUGGCUAUACGGUCCGGUUAAAUUGUCCCGAAUUGAUCCGGUCCAAGUCCGGUCUUUUCGGGAAUAUAAGGACCAAAGAUUGGAUUGGAUACAGUUCGGUCUUGAUAGAUUGAGUUUGUGGAGAAUUGAGUGACCUGAGGCUUCACAGAGUGAAGAGUUUGUUAAGUUUUGAGUGUUAGGCUCUCUAUCCCGUCUUUAUCCGAUUUUCGAUCCGGUCUCAAAUGGUUUUUUUACCUCAAAUCUAAGCCCGAAGAUGGGAUUGGAUUGUUAGUUAUCCGGUUCCGGUCCGGUCUCGAUCCAGAUUGUACGGUCCAGUUUCGGUAAAACCAAAUAGCCCGGACCAAAUAGCCAGCCCUAACAUAAAGUAUGUAUUAAACAAAAUUUUACUAACUAUGAUUCACAUUAUAAAUGUCAUACUGACAACAUAAAGUUAGAAUCUUCUCUUUCGGGGCUUAUUCGGUAAUGUUUGCAUAGCGCGGGUACCAAAACUGGAUUGAAUUCUUUGAGUUUAUGCUAUUUAGUAUUUACCGGGAGGGGUUAUGGAUCACCAUGGUUACUAAGGGUGAAUUGGGUAUGAAAAAAUAAAUUCUAUUAAUAAUUUUUUUUAAUAAAUUACAUUUUUGGUAGUUACAAAAUCUAUUAAUUACAAUUAUCUGUCUUUCUCUCACUUCCACAAUCUCUAGCCAUAUCUCCUUUCUUAUUUUUCUCCAUCUUUCUGCACAAAAAAAAAAAAAAACAAGAAAUCACUACCAAUCCAUUAAGCAACCACUAUCAUUCAAAAAACACUUAUAUUAUUAUAGAUAAAACAAGAAAUCAAUACCAAAACAUAAAAAAUACCACUACCUCAACAUGAUAACUCUGAUUAACCAAUACCAUUGCAGAUUUAUCUAAUAACAAUACUUGAAUAUCACUACCAAUACAAUAACAUCAAUACAAAAAAAAAAUACCACUACAAUAAAACAAUAAAUUAAUACCAAUCCAUUAAAAAUGCUACCAUUGCACAAAACACAAAUACCAUUAGAGAAAAAAAUCACUAUCAUUUCACAAAACACCAAUACCGUUGCAGAUUUGACCAUAGAGCAAUACAUUCAAAUCAAUACCAUUACAUGAUAAUCAAUACCAAUACGAAAAAAUAAUAUCAAUGCGAAUAAACGCUACCACUACGGAAAAAAUCACUACAAUUUCAUAAAACAGAGAUACCCUUACGUGAUAAUCAAUAUCAAUGCAGGAAAAACAAUACCAAUACGAAAAAACACUACCAUUACGGGGAAAACACUACCGAUGCGAGAAAGUACAUACCAAUAAAAAAUCAGUUGUUCUGUUCUUUCAGUCGAAUUCCCCAAAAAAAAUUCUUUAUCCCAUUCGUCAUUUUUGCUGAAGAAGAACAGAUGGAGAGAGAGAGAGAGAGAGAGAGAGAGAGAGAGAGGGAUUGGAUUUCAAGUAUAUAUUAGUGGGGAUGUUCUACUACGGAAGAAGAACAGAUGGGAAGAGAGAGAGGGGGGAUCGGGAGGGAGGGGGAGGGAUGGCCGACGAAGGGAGGUGGCCGGAGGGGAGAGGGAUGGAGGGUGGGCAGCCGGCAGUCGACAGCCGUCUGAAGUAGGGUUUGGUUAAAGGGAGGGGAGUGUAGAAGUAGGGUUGGGUAGAAUAUAUAGAAUAAUCGAGCGUUGACGCUUUUUCGUUUCCAAAAUUACCCUAACGUAAUUUUAACCAUGAGAUUAAAGAAAUGAAAAAUAAAAUAAAAAUGGACAUUAGAUAAUGAUGUAGCCACGGUGACUACUAGAAUUUAAGUUACCACCCUAAGAGAAUUUUAGUUACCACCCUAAGAGCAUCUCCAUUGGAAUUGCAAUUAGAAUUGCAUUAUGACAUGACAUUCAUUUGCAAUUGCAUUGAUGUAGAUGACAAUUGUAUCUUUCAAGCUUGCAUAUAAUGCAAUUAUGGAAUGCAAACCCCAUCAUCUUUUUUAUUAUUAAAUUAUUCAUUAAUUUUAUUAUUUUAGUGUUUAUGUUUUAAUAAGUUAAAUAAAAAAAUUAGUUGCAAUUGCAAGUUAAUUGCAUUGAUGUACUGGAUUGCAAGUUAAUUAUUUUAGUAAGAUGAGUUGGAUUGAAAAAAAAUGAAGUAACAAUAAAAAAACAAAUGCAAUUGUAAAUACCAUUGCAAUGAAAAUGUUCUAACACAUACAAGUACUUACCUCUUUGAAAGUGGAUUAAUUCAUUCUUCUUGUUUUUUUUUUUCCCCCUUGGGGAUUCCGUUGCACUAUAAAAUGGGGUCGCUCACUUUUCCUGAAUCAGUUUUCACACCCCGCGACGCGUCCUUUUCCAUCGCCAAGCAGGGACGCGUCGUCACCUUGCUCCCCUUCGCCUUCUCUCGCAAGUAAUCUCUUGCAACAAACUCCGCGUACUUGUUCUCCGACCACCGCACUUGUGUACGGCGACACAGUUUUCUCGGCCGAAGAAAACACACGCAUUAAUUCCGAUUCCAGGUUAGUGUAGCUUACCUUUGAAACUUUGCCCGCCCGCCCGCCCGCCCGCCCGCCGCCGUUCUCAGCUUUUUUGUUCACCAAUGGCCGAACGAUGUUCUUCGUCUUCGUUCUCGUCAAUGGCGCCGCGCGAAGAAAAGCCCGAUGGAAUGAGCAGUAGCUUGCUCGAUCAAUUCUAUUCGCAGUACAACAACAUCACAAACCAUAAUCUCCAAAAUCGUACGCGGCCGCCGCCAACACUGCAAACGCAUGGCAACCCGAGUCCCAUGGCUUUGAAUCGGCAACAUGAAUCGCAUCUCAAGUUGCAGGCUGAAACAGCAGAGGCGAAGAGGAUGUGCCACAUGGUGAUAAACGUAUUGAGACAGAGGUCUGUUGAUCAUAAAACCAUGGAAAAGCUAGCAUUUUGCAUGAAGUUCUUGAACCAUCCAAACAGCGAUAAAUCCGAGGAGAAGUUGGCUUUCCUCAAGAAGUGGAUGUACUCUGUAGUUCAGCAGUCGACGCCAAGAAAGCCAGCUUCUUUGUCGUGCACUUCAGGGCAAUCUUCCUCUUCUAAUAUGCUUCCUGCAGAAGAUGCUCGACAGCCACAUCCACAGCCUCCAGCUGGUAGUUUUCAUGGGCCAACUGUUAGUAAUGUCCUCCCACCGCACUUGUGCGAUAAUGUACCGAAUCAAAGUACUACCACAACCUCUCACUCGGGACCUGUUCCCCCCAAGCGUGGGCGUCCAAAGCGCCCACAGAAGUCAGGGGAAGCUUUCCUGCUUGAAAAACCGGAGAAGAAAGUUCAGAAACGCCAAGGAAUGCUAGAUGUCAAAGUGAAACAGGAAACACAGCCGCAGCAGCAGCAGCAGCAGCAGCAGCAGCAGGUUUUUGCUAGUGAAAAGCCCCAAAAAUCUGUGGAGGUUAAAAGUACUGGGACAUCAAAGGUUCUUCAUCAGAAACCAGCUCCUGAGAAAGCAGUUGUGCAUAAUCAACAUGUGAAGUCUGCUACACAACCACCUUCUUCCUCUGAUUCGGAGCUAGAGAAGACGGGCAUAAUGCCUGAUCAAGCUUUAGCUGCGACUGUUUCGGGUAGGAAAGUGACAGAAGAACCCUUCAGCCACUUGGUUAAUUUGGUUCAGUGGAUAUCCGGCAAAGCAUUAAGUGCUUCUGUGGAUGAGAUUUGGUCAAUAGUUAACUCGAGUGAUCGUAUCCCUGGGGAAAAGAAGAUGAAUCGUUGGUUUGAUGUGGUUUCCAGUUCCUCAUUUGAUCCCGACAUAUCAACUGCUGGGGUUGAGAGAAAUCAAGCUCUCCGGGAGGAAGUAAGAACAAUAAAUCAGCAGCUAGUCGAUACUGAUGUAGCGAUUAUUCCAGAUGGUAAUGCAAGGACCAUAAUGAAGUGCUCGUUUAACGCGGCCUCCAUCUCACCGAUGCAACCAAUUGAGCCCUUGAAAUUGCUUGUCCCCGCAAACUAUCCGCAUUCCUCUCCUGUAUUACUGGAAACGUUCCCAGUGGAGAUCAGUGGCGAGGAUGAUCUUUCUGUAAAAGCCAAGUCAAGGCUGCACCGCUGCCUGAGAAGUCUGCUUCAUCCGGUGACGUUGGAGGACAUAGCGAGGAGUUGGGAUGUUUGUGCAAGACAAGUCAUUACUGAGUAUGCAUUACAGAAUGGUGGCGGGAGCUUCAGCUCACAGUAUGGAACCUGGGAAACUGUAUAAAGUGAUGAAGCCUACUGAAAGGAAGAAAGCGGAAAGAAACAUAAAAUGAAGGCUCUCAACAGAGUAAAUAUGCAUUGGGAUUUGAUUAUGCAGUUGUUCUACUGCGAAAUAUUGGAUUUUGGUGUCUUCUUUUUCUCAAUAGAUAGCGCAAAUUGCAGUUUGUAGAUAUUGAGUUCUGCCUACAGAACCUUCAGGCUUUUGCUGGUCAUCAUACUUUAUUGGAAUGACGUACGAAUUCUGUGAAAAGAAUGUCAAUAGAAAAUGUCAAAAUGAACUGAAAAUGCAAUAGAACAGGUGAUUUGAG